GGGAAGGAGGAGGAGAGACAGAGCCCGGGCGACCCCGAUGGCCGCGGAGGAAGUCACUGGAGGGGCGCGAAAGGCGACGAAAAGCAAACUUUUUGAGUUUCUGGUCCAUGGGGUGCGUCCUGGAAUGCCGUCAGGUGCUCGCAUGCCCCACCAGGGGGCACCGAUGGGUCCCCCGGGCCCUCCCUACGUGGGAACUCCCUCUGUGCGCCCCGGGAUGCCCCCAGCUGUGAUGGAGCCCACGCGCAAGAGGGCAGCACCGCAGCAGGCGCAGCAGGCCCAGGCACAACAGGCGCAGCAGGCGCAGCAGCAGGCGCAGCAGGCCCAGGCGCAGCAGGCUGCAGUGGCAGCAACCCAGAGCCGGCCGCGCAGUGCCAAGAGAAGGAAAAUGGCAGACAAAAUACUCCCUCAGAGGAUCCGGGAGCUGGUCCCCGAGUCCCAGGCCUACAUGGACCUCCUGGCUUUCGAGAGGAAGCUGGACCAGACCAUCAUGCGAAAGCGAGUGGACAUCCAGGAAGCCCUGAAGAGGCCGAUGAAGCAAAAGCGGAAGUUACGCCUGUACAUCUCCAACACUUUCAACCCAGCCAAAUCAGAUGCGGAUGAUUCGGAGGGCAGCAUCGCCUCAUGGGAGCUGCGCGUGGAGGGCAAGCUGCUUGACGAUCUCAGCAAGCAGAAGCGGAAGUUCUCCUCUUUUUUCAAGAGUUUGGUCAUUGAGCUGGACAAGGAUCUCUACGGGCCGGACAAUCACCUGGUGGAGUGGCACAGGACCCCCACCACCCAGGAGACAGAUGGCUUCCAGGUGAAGAGGCCAGGCGACGUCAGCGUGCGAUGCACCCUCCUGCUCAUGCUGGAUUACCAGCCCCCCCAAUUCAAGCUCGACCCUCGCCUGGCUCGGCUGCUGGGCAUCCACACACAGACACGCUCGGCCAUUAUCCAGGCGCUCUGGCAGUACAUCAAGACGAACAAGCUGCAGGACUCCCACGACAAGGAGUACAUCAACUGCGACAAGUAUUUUCAACAGAUCUUUGACUGCCCACGACUAAAGUUUUCCGAGAUCCCCCAGAGGCUCACAAACCUGCUGCUCCCACCGGACCCCAUUGUCAUCAACCAUAUCAUCAGCGUGGACCCCAAUGACCAGAAGAAGACGGCCUGCUAUGACAUCGAUGUCGAGGUGGAGGACCCCCUGAAGGGCCAGAUGAGCAGCUUCCUCCUCUCCACAGCAAAUCAGCAGGAGAUCACUGCCCUGGAUAACAAGAUUCAUGAGACAAUUGAGUCCAUCAACCAGUUAAAGAUACAGCGAGAUUUCAUGCUGAGCUUCUCCAAAGACCCCAAAGGCUACAUUCAGGACCUUCUCCGGUCCCAGAGCCGGGAUCUCAAGGUGAUGACCGAUGUGGCGGGGAAUCCCGAGGAGGAGCGGAGAGCCGAGUUCUACCACGAGCCUUGGUCCCAAGAGGCAGUGAGCCGGUACUUCUACUGCAAGAUCCAGCAGCGCCGGCAAGAGCUGGAGCAGUCUCUGGGCGUGCGCAACACAUAAAGGACUGACUCACAGCCAGGCGGACACUUUGCCCCUUCGCCAGCUGGCGGGCGUCUCCGAGUGACACGGCUCCUGCCUCAUCGAGCACAGACCGAUUCAUGACCGGCCAGGGGCUUUCGCUGCAGCAGCAGCAGCCUCGCCCUCUUCAGAGUGUGUUUUGCCCCUGGGGCUGCCUUCCUCUUC